CUCUCCCAACCCUCAGACUGAAUCUCUAUCUCCCUCUUUCGAUUUCCAGCCACGGCAACCAGUGAUUGAAACUGUCUUUUUUCGUUGCGCGGUGAAAGGUUGCGUUGAUCCGCACUUUUCCCGGCGGUAAAACGGGGGGCAACAAAUAGAGCAGAUAACCAAACAAAACUUGGAUCUGUAACGUUAGCGUUUGCGUUCCGUAGCCAAAGCGGAACAUACCUCAAUCCCUCUUGUGAUUAUUUCCUCUUUUCUCUGGACGAGAAAAGGCUGUUGGAUUGGGUUCGAGCAGACGGGCUUUCUUACUUUUCAACGACGUGAUAUAAAAAGUUUAUAUGGUUUCAGCCUAAACGCGGAGGUCACAUUUUACAUGUAGGAAAAGCGACUAAUUCCAUUCUGCUGGUUGACUGGCACCAAUUCUAAAGUUAGUUCCCAGAUGCAGAGUAAACAAACACGGUUCGCAAGCGACGAAAGACAUUGCCUAUCCGUUCAAGUGUUUACUUAGAGACCUUUUGCGUCUUUAAUCUUUGGGAGUUUUGAGGAGACGGCUUGUUUUUGAGGAGCAGGGCUCGCUUCUCGAUGCACUGAACGAGGAGGAACGUCCCAUGUGCGGCUUUCACUCUUUUUGACAACCCUUCAGCCCGAGUUUCUCUGUGGUACAUCUCGCACAGCCAGACCCCUUGAACUUGGGAACAUUGUAUCACCUACCUGAAGCAAUCCUUCAUCACGUCUUACGUUUACAGUAAGUCUCACAUCGUGAGCCGUGACUGACGCUCAAAAUGGCUAACAACACUGCAGACCACCCACCGGGUAACUCGGUCACCGAGGUUGACCACGAUGGGGACUUUGGCUGCACGACAAUGAAUCUCCGUGACCUGAUGGAGCUCCGCUCUGGCGAUGCGGUCAACAAGAUUGCAGAAUGCUACGGAGACGUGCAAGGGAUCUGCCGCAGGCUCAAGACCUCACCUAUCGAGGGCCUCUCUGGUAACCCUGCUGAUUUGGAAAAGCGGCACACAUCAUUCGGUAAAAACUUCAUCCCCCCCAAGAAGCCAAAGACCUUUCUGCAGUUGGUAUGGGAGGCCCUGCAGGAUGUCACCCUCAUUAUUCUGGAGGUGGCAGCUAUUAUUUCUUUGGGCCUGUCCUUCUACCACCCACAAGGAGAAGGCAACGACAGCUGUGGCCAAGCAGCUGGUGGUGUUGAAGAUGAGGGUGAGGCCCAGGCAGGAUGGAUUGAAGGUGCUGCCAUCUUGUUUUCAGUCAUAAUCGUGGUGCUGGUGACGGCCUUCAAUGACUGGAGUAAAGAGAAACAGUUCCGUGGGCUGCAGAGUCGAAUAGAACAGGAACAGAAGUUUACAGUCAUUCGCAAGGGUCAGGUCAUCCAGAUCCCUGUUGCUGAGAUCGUGGUGGGAGAUAUCGCACAAAUCAAAUAUGGUGACCUUCUCCCAGCUGAUGGUAUCUUGAUCCAGGGUAAUGACCUGAAGAUAGAUGAAAGCUCUCUGACUGGGGAGGCUGAUCAUGUCCGCAAAUCUCUGGAGAAGGACCCCAUGCUCCUUUCCGGAACUCAUGUGAUGGAGGGAUCUGGCCGAAUGGUGGUCACUGCUGUGGGCCUGAAUUCUCAAACUGGAAUCAUUUUCACCCUCUUGGGCAGUGAGGAUGAGGAGAAGAAGGUGAAGAAAGGUAAAAAACAAGGACCCCCUGAAAAUCGCAACAAAGCUAAGACCCAGGAUGGGAUCGCCCUGGAGAUCCAACCUCUGAAGAGUGAGGAAGGUACAGAGUCCGAGGAGAAGGAGGAAAAGGAAGAAAAGGAGAAAAAGAAGGUCAACGUCACCAAGAAAGAAAAGUCUGUCCUUCAGGGCAAGCUGACUAGGCUAGCGGUUCAGAUUGGAAAAGCAGGUCUCAUCAUGUCUGCAUUGACCGUCAUUAUCCUAAUCCUUUACUUUGUAAUUGACACAUUUGGCAUCCAAGGUCGUGAGUGGACAGCAGAGUGUACACCCAUCUACAUUCAGUACUUUGUGAAGUUUUUCAUUAUUGGCGUGACUGUGCUGGUGGUGGCCGUGCCUGAGGGGCUACCUCUUGCUGUCACUAUCUCCCUGGCGUAUUCUGUCAAGAAAAUGAUGAAAGACAACAACCUAGUGAGGCAUCUGGAUGCCUGUGAGACCAUGGGUAAUGCCACUGCCAUCUGCUCUGAUAAAACUGGAACGCUGACUAUGAAUCGCAUGACGGUGGUGCAGGCUUACAUAGGUGACAAACACUAUAAAAGCGUUCCUGAACCAGAGGCCAUAAAUCCACAGACUCUGGAGAUACUGGUGAACAGCAUCUCCAUAAACUCAGCAUACACUACCAAGAUCCUGCCCCCAGAGAAGGAGGGAGGUCUGCCAAGGCACGUGGGUAAUAAGACAGAGUGUUCCCUUCUUGGUCUGGUGAUGAAUUUGAAGAGAGACUACCAGCCUAUUAGAGAUGAGAUUCCUGAGGAGAAGCUUUAUAAAGUGUACACAUUCAACUCCAGCCGGAAGAGUAUGAGCACCGUUCUAAAGAAUUCCAAUGGUCCCGGCUUCCGAAUGUACAGCAAGGGCGCCUCAGAGAUUCUCCUGCGCAAGUGUUCCCAUAUCCUUGAUGCUUCAGGCCAGCAACGUGUCUUCAAGGCCAAAGAUCGGGAUGAGAUGGUGGUGAAAGUUAUCGAGCCAAUGGCCUGUGACGGGCUAAGGACCAUUUGCAUAGCCAUGAGGGACUUCACAACCGAGCCAGACUGGGAAAACGAGGCUGACAUUCUGAAUGACCUGACCUGCAUUUGUGUUGUGGGCAUUGAAGACCCUGUCCGUCCUGAGGUUCCUGAGGCUAUUGCUAAAUGUCAGCGAGCAGGCAUCACAGUCCGCAUGGUCACUGGAGACAACAUAAACACGGCUCGUGCCAUUGCCACCAAAUGUGGAAUCCUUUUGCCUGGAGAGGACUUUCUGUGUAUGGAGGGCAAAGACUUCAACCAGCAAAUUCGUAAUGACAAAGGAGAGGUUGAGCAAGAGCGUCUCGACAAGGUCUGGCCCAAACUGCGUGUUCUUGCUCGUUCUUCCCCAACAGAUAAACACACUUUGGUUAAAGGCAUCAUUGACAGCACAGUUGGAGAAACAAGACAGGUGGUGGCUGUGACUGGAGACGGCACUAACGACGGCCCUGCCCUUAAAAAAGCAGAUGUUGGCUUUGCUAUGGGAAUUGCAGGGACAGAUGUUGCAAAGGAGGCCUCUGACAUCAUCCUUACCGAUGAUAACUUCACCAGUAUCGUCAAAGCUGUGAUGUGGGGGCGUAAUGUCUAUGACAGCAUCUCUAAAUUUCUGCAGUUUCAACUGACUGUCAAUGUGGUGGCUGUAAUUGUUGCCUUCACUGGGGCCUGCAUCACACAGGACUCUCCACUUAAAGCCGUUCAGAUGUUGUGGGUAAAUCUCAUUAUGGACACCCUGGCUUCUUUGGCUCUGGCAACGGAACCCCCAACAGAAUCGCUCCUACUGAGAAGACCUUACGGCCGGAACAAACCACUCAUUUCCAGGACUAUGAUGAAGAAUAUAUUAGGUCAUGCCGUUUACCAGCUUAUCAUCACAUUUACUCUUCUCUUUGCUGGUGAGAAGUUCUUUAGCAUUGAUAGCGGCCGGAACUCCCCUCUCCACUCCCCGCCGUCUGAACACUACACCAUAAUUUUCAACGUCUUUGUCAUGAUGCAGCUCUUCAACGAAAUCAAUGCCCGCAAGAUCCACGGAGAGAGGAACGUGUUUGAGGGAAUCUAUCGGAAUCCCAUUUUCUGCCUCGUCGUACUGGGAACCUUUGCUCUGCAGAUCAUCAUUGUGCAGUUUGGAGGGAAGCCGUUCUCUUGCACAGCCCUCACCCUCGAUCAGUGGCUCUGGUGUGUGUUCAUCGGGGUCGGUGAGCUGCUCUGGGGACAGUUCGUCACUGCCGUCCCUACCCACCGCCUCAAGUUCCUGAAGGAGGCUGGUCACGGAAUCCCCAAAGAGGACAUCACUAAUGAGGUGCUAACCGAAGGUGCUGAUGAAAUUGACCACGCUGAGAUGGAGAUGCGCAGGGGACAGAUUCUGUGGUUCAGAGGACUCAACCGUAUCCAGACUCAGAUGGAUGUGGUUUAUACAUUCCAGACUGGCCAAACGGCGGUGCCUGGGGCCCUGCGUCGCCAGCCCUCCGUGGUCAGCCAGCAAAACGACAUUAAGGUGGUGAACGCAUUCCGUAGCUCCUUGUACGAGGGCCUAGAGAAGCCAGAAUCCAGAAGCUCCAUUCAUAACUUCAUGUCCCAACCUGGGUUUGUACCCCUCUCCGAGGAGGAACACCGCAUCCCCACGAUAGACGAGAGCUGUGUAGAGGUCGAGCUGCUCCCCUCCUCUUCCAGAAAUGGAGGUGGCGGCGAACCCCCUGGCCGCUCUCUUCACAGCCUGGAAUUCUCCAUGUGAUCCUCCACGCUCCAGUGCAACUGCCCCAAAAUCCUCGUCUUUUUUUUGUUCUGUAUUAAAACCUGUGCAUCACUUUACCGGUGGAGCCCUGCUGAUACACAUCUGAGAGACAGCAGCACCUAUAGCAGCUGAUGGGGCGGUCAUGGUCCCUUUCUCCUCCCCUCCAUCUCCCCCACCCCUCUGCCCCUCUCGACUUGCACUGUGUCGGCGGCGGCAGCAGCAGCAGCAGCAGCGCUCUGUAAGUAAAUGCGGCUGUCCUGCAGCCCAUGUGACACAUGGCCUAACCUACACACUAGGGGGCGAUGCUGUGGCAAACGCCCUCUCUCAGCCCGUCACUGACAUUUUUAUCUCUUCUACAGUUGUGAUUUUUCUCAUUUUUAUAUUAUGUCUCUGGUCUUGUGUAAUGCUGUAAUCACUUAUGUUAUUUGUCCCUGGACUCUCAUUUACAUAGUUUUUGUUUGUUUUUGUUUUUUUGCUGAUACAGCUGAUUGUGUUCAUCAUGCACUAAAUUGCUGUUUAAAUAGAUUUCUUUUCUCUCUCAAUUCGCUCUAAGGUGUAUUGAAAAACACGGCAGUGAAGUUACCCAUGUUCUUUCAGUUUUUAAAAUGAUUUUAUGCUCGAUGGACAUUUUAAGUAGUUCAGACACACUACAUUCUUGUCAUGUUUUCAGACAUCGUCCUCAUUUUGGGUGUUCUGUCACUUUAUAUGUACAGAUGUGAGGCUGCUAUAGUGAACGUUAGCAGAAUGAAAGACUAUAAUAAACUUAUUUGAAAGCUAUGAGUUUAGAAUACCUGAUUGGCUCUUAAGGGGCUAGGGAGGUUCAUCCAACACAUCUCAUCGAAAUCACACCCACUGGGCAUCUCUAGUCUCUUGUAAAUGCUAACUGACCAAGUACUUUAUCAAAGGUACAGCACCUCGCCAUAGUGUGCAUGUAUCUGUCUUUAGGUUCAUCUGUGUCUAUUUGUAUAGGAAUGGGAAUUGUAAUGCUAAUCUUUCUGGGAUUACGACUAAUAACUAGAAUUUUCCUUUUACUUGUUUCCGCUAUAAAAAAAAAAAUAAUGCGAUAGUAGUGAUUCUGUAUGGGUGUACCUUCAAAUCCAAACUUUUUUCUCACCUCAGUUCUGCAGUUAGGUGUUCUCCUUGUUAUCCAACAUCAGGCUGCUCCACGUUACGCAGACAGCACUGAUGGAACUCCAAAAUCCCAUCCUUGAGUUUAGCCGUGAGAGUAAUGGUACUGCACGUAGUAAGCAUGCUUUUGCUAUUUAAAAAAAAAAAGGAAAGAAAACACUCACACACACACACACCAUAGCAUGCAGCUAGGGCCUCAGUUGGACUCUCUGAGCUCUGUUGAAACCUGUAUGACAAACUAGAUCGGACUGUUUUCAUAAAAGUGCGGCCUCGACGGCAUGUGCUUUUUAUUAGAUGAAACAUACUACUGCCACAGACCAACCUUCCGCUCAUACCAGUCUAGGUUAAAUGGAUUCCUCCAAUUACACCUUUUUCUACUUGCUCAGAGCCAUAUUUUAUAGAUUGUUCUUUUAUAUCCCAUUGUUUUUGCAGUUUAUUUUGUAUUUUAACCAAAUUCACUGCCUAAAGAUUAAAAAGGGGUAAAACUAGAUUAAAAAAACAACAAAAAAAACUAGAUGGACCACUUUAAUGUUUACGGAGCGGUUCCACGGCAGUCGGCUAAUGCUGCACGUCCCCCUACUGGCAGUUUUUGUUAUCUCGCUUAAGUGGAACAUGGUAUGUUAUUGUGGGGAGGCAUGCAUGAAUUUCAUAUAAAACUCAAUGUUUUGUUCCUUUUUUACAAUUGUUCUGUAUUUUUAUAUUAAGUACUUUUUAAUAUUUUGGAAAAAAUCUAUAUAAAUAUAGGUGUAUAGGCCGGAGAGUUUGGUGACAUGACAAAUUAGUUAAAUAAGCAGUUGAGUACAUAUUGCAGUUAUAAAUAGAUAUAAAUAUUUAUGCCACGUUUGUAACCACAUGCGGUGUCAGAUUCGAUGUCCGAGCUGAGAAAGUUGCGUGUUUACUGUAAAGUCAAGGGGUCUGGUCGAGUUAUCCCGAAUUGUGUACUCAAAACCUGCAGCCACAGAUAGAUGUGCUGGCCGUACAAAGUCUUUAAAAUAUAUUAUUUGCCACCUAAUUAGAAUCUAUUAGACUAGAGUGUUCUUUUAGGCUGAAAAAAUCGUAGUUUAUUUUCUGUGCGAUUUCCGAAUGACCCAUUAAAGUGGCAAAGAGUCGGUUAUGGAAAAUAAUUGAGAUUAUUAUUCUCUGUUGUCAUUUUUAACUUCGUUUUUUUUUUUUUUUUUUUUUUUUUUGUCAUACUCUGGAUACAAAUUAAGUAUACACGCACUGUAUGUUACACAAAAUGGAUUUGACUUCAUGUGGAAGCAGUCAAAUGUUUUCUGUUUAGAGCUUUAUAUAAAUUCUGCCAAAGUGUUGCUUUGUACAGUCAGUUCUGCAAUUGUUCUUGUUCAUUUAGAAUAAUUUAUAACUGGAUUUCAUCCUUAUUUGAAUCCCUAAUGUUUUUUUUUUUCCCCUCCAGGAUCUGAAAUAAUGCCCCCUUCCAUUUCAUUUCUUCAUUGCUUGGACAUGAUUGAUGUAGAAAAAAGGGGAAAAUUAUAAAAUUGUCUUUCUUUUUUUUUUUUUUUUUUUUGGUUCACUUUAAUAGCUUUUUAGAACAAUUUCUGUUAUUGCACACGUUUCUCAUGCAUUGUGUAAACCGAGAGUCGCUUCAAGGUGCUGUGCAAUAACUGAAUUUUAUCGCAUUACUUACUCUACUGAAGUUGUCUGACAGUUCUUGUUUGUUUGUUUGUUUGUUCGGGAGGUAAUGAUUCACCACAGCUGUAAAUAAAAGAUUGUGUUUCAAAACUGGAAUAUAACAUUAAGUUAUAACCACUUAUUUUGCAUAUACAUCUGAUGUUGAGUGAAAUUAAAAUUGUAUUUGAUUGUGGGGGGAAAGCAGUCAAGAGAACAUCCGAUUUCUGUAAUUCAAAUGAAACAGUAUUAUACACUGGUGUUAUUUUUGUAUAAACAUAAUAUCAUCUAUGUGGCAUGCAUUACUUAUAAACAAAUUGGUGGUUCAAAGCAAUAUGUACAAUCUGGUGCGAUUGGUAUUUUUAAUGUCCUGUGUAGCUUAAACCAUGCUGUACUUAGGGGAAAAAACUGCAUUGGAAAGUAAUCGUAAUUGUUCAAUAUAUGUGUUCAAUGUUCUGCAUGAUUACAUAUGGAAUGGGCUGUCCCCAAAUGUUUGUUUCCAGAAUGAAUGUGACGAGAACACACACUCACACAUUAUCAAUAGACUCUGCAAAGGAAACACACACUGACUCGAUGCCAUUUCAUAGAAGAAUGUUCUGUCACGAGGAAAUGAAAGCGUCUCGUUCUUGUCUAGACCUCAUGGGAGAGCACUGCUCCAUUUAAAUUUCCUAAUUACUGGGGGUGUGGGAAUUGGGGAAUGACUGCCAGAGUAUGUGCUUGAAAGAUCUCUAGUCUUAUUUUUACCAGUUACGCUUGGCUUUGGCUUCGUUUCGUUACUUUUAUAGCCAUGAGCCGUGGCUGUAGAUUGAACUGCCUAAUUGCAGAGUGGUACGAGCUUUGAUGUUCCAUCACCUUGUUGUGUGGGUUACAAACUCCUUCCAGACAGCUCACUCUCAUCCAUGCAUGAUCCAUCAAAGAUGAAAGACGCUAGCGCAGUAAAGCUGAAGGACUUGCAUUUUCAAGGUAGGCUACAGUUGUACUCGAGUCCCCAUUUCACUUUCCUGAAAUGCACUGAUUCCCUUUACUGUCUUUAUUCCCACCCUUUUCCUCUAAUUGAGGGCUUUGAGAAAGAGAGAGAGAGAGCAUUGUUUAAUAAACUUAUCUAAGAUUUAGUUGCUUACAUCGGCCAAUGAACGUGUAGUCUCGCAUUCGACAUCGCAGCUCAUUUGUUAAUGCUAAUUUUUCUUGGUAUUUAUUGUGAAUGUGAGGAUUCAUCAGAAUCAUGCCAUAACUAUUUGGGGCUUUUCAACUGGGGCUUCUGUGGUACAUUUAAUAGCUUUGCUGAAGAAGGAUAAGGGCUUUGGGUAGUAGUAGUAGAGGACAAAAUGUUUACAGAAAUGGAAUGGUUUGUGGUUUUUACUAGGAUCACAGAAGUGCCAAUGGACCACAUGGACAGCCUGCACCACUGUGUCUGAUUUAGUUCAGAGUAACUUAUUACAAAUUAGCAAACUGUGUCUGAUAAUUGGCUAUUGGAAAGUGUGGCGGCCUUAAUUGAUUCUGACUGAAAGUGAAUCUGAUUUACGUUUAUUUUAAAUAAUUUGAUAUCAAAUGUUGACGGGUUAAUCUAAAAAGCCUCAUGCUCUGUGUCCUGUCUGUUUACAUUCUCUUUAGAUGACAGAAUGUGCUCACCUAAUGUAAUGUAGAUUUAAGGGCUAUACUGUGACAGUAUAGGGAAUAUACUGUUACUGAAUCUGUGUCCAACGAUGAGAAGUUGACCCAACAUGUUCUUGAUUGAAAUUAGUGCACAUUUAUUUGGUUUGUUUUCCAUCAUCAAAGUGUGAAGUGAGCUUAUUUUGAUCCAUGCUGUAUUCAUGUAAAGUUGACCCAGCUGUGUCAACCUUCAUGCUGCAUGAUGGGAAAAAAAAUCACCAUAAGCAGUUCAAUUGUCAUUUUAUUAAUUGUCAGUGUGCAUUAAUUGUCAAUGUGCGCUUGGAUUUAGAAAACAAUGUGUGUGUGUGUGUUUGAAAAGAAGAUCUUUCUUUUCAAAGAUCAUGAACCGUGUCUACAGUCAGUGUGUGUUUUAAUUGGCGGGGUAGAAAAUUCCGAUUUUGUUUAGCCCUCCUUUUGUGAGAAUCGCUAUCAUGCUGAAAUAUCAGUUUAGCUUGCUUCAAACUAUGCAACAGAUUCAUUGGAUUAAAACGAUACAUUUUCAUUUUAUCAGGUGUCAUAACAAUGCUCUCUCUCUCUCUCUCUCUCUCUCUCUCUCUCUCUCUUUUCCUGUUUUUCUCUAUACUCUUGCUUUCUUUUGUCAAAGUGAAUUCAGUCAUGCCCAUAUUUCAUCACUUUAUACUAACUCAAGUGUAUUAUCUAUGUAAUGUAUGUGUGUGAUGUGCACACAUUCAAGAUUUCAUUACUUUUUUGUAAGAUAUGAUGAUGUGGAAUGCCUUGUUCUUUAUGUCCUGUCGUUUCAAUUUAACUAAAAAAA